CCCUUGCCCGUUCCUCCCCCCCACCCGCCCCAACGCCCAGCACCGUGCCCUGCACACAGUAGGCGCUCAAUAAAUGUUCGUGGAUGAUGAUGAUGAUGAUGAUGAAAAACAUGCACCACCAACGGCAGCAGCAAGCGGACCACGCGAACGAGGCAAACUAUGCAAGAGGCACCAGACUCCCUCUUUCUGGUGAAGGACCAACUUCUCAGCCGAAUAGCUCCAAGCAAACCGUCCUGUCUUGGCAAGCUGCAAUCGAUGCUGCUAGACAGGCCAAGGCUGCCCAAACUAUGAGCACCUCUGCACCCCCACCUGUGGGAUCUCUCUCCCAAAGAAAACGUCAGCAAUACGCCAAGAGCAAAAAACAGGGUAACUCGUCCAACAGCCGACCUGCCCGCGCCCUCUUCUGUUUGUCACUCAAUAACCCCAUCCGAAGAGCCUGCAUUAGUAUAGUGGAAUGGAAACCAUUUGACAUAUUUAUAUUAUUGGCUAUUUUUGCCAAUUGUGUGGCCUUAGCUAUUUACAUCCCAUUCCCUGAAGAUGAUUCUAAUUCAACAAAUCAUAACUUGGAAAAAGUAGAAUAUGCCUUCCUGAUUAUUUUUACAGUCGAGACAUUUUUGAAGAUUAUUGCGUAUGGAUUAUUGCUACAUCCUAAUGCUUAUGUUAGGAAUGGAUGGAAUUUACUGGAUUUUGUUAUAGUAAUAGUAGGAUUGUUUAGUGUAAUUCUGGAACAAUUAACCAAAGAAACAGAAGGCGGUAACCACUCCAGUGGCAAGUCAGGAGGCUUCGAUGUCAAAGCCCUCCGCGCCUUUCGGGUGUUACGACCACUUCGACUCGUGUCAGGAGUGCCCAGUUUACAAGUUGUCCUGAACUCCAUUAUAAAAGCCAUGGUCCCCCUCCUUCACAUAGCCCUUUUGGUAUUAUUUGUAAUCAUAAUCUAUGCUAUUAUAGGAUUGGAACUUUUUAUUGGAAAAAUGCACAAAACCUGUUUUUUUGCUGACUCAGAUAUCAUAGCUGAAGAGGACCCAGCGCCAUGUGCGUUCUCAGGGAAUGGACGCCAGUGUGCCGCCAAUGGCACGGAGUGUAGGAGUGGCUGGGUUGGCCCAAAUGGAGGCAUCACCAAUUUUGAUAAUUUUGCCUUUGCCAUGCUCACCGUGUUCCAGUGCAUCACCAUGGAGGGCUGGACAGAUGUGCUCUACUGGAUGAAUGAUGCUAUGGGAUUUGAAUUGCCCUGGGUGUAUUUUGUCAGUCUCGUCAUCUUUGGGUCAUUUUUCGUACUAAAUCUUGUACUUGGUGUAUUGAGCGGAGAAUUCUCAAAGGAAAGAGAGAAGGCUAAAGCCCGGGGAGAUUUCCAGAAGCUCCGGGAGAAGCAGCAGCUGGAGGAGGAUCUAAAGGGCUACUUGGAUUGGAUCACCCAAGCAGAAGACAUUGAUCCUGAGAACGAGGAAGAAGGAGGAGAGGAAAGCAAACGAAACACCAGCAUGCCCACCAGCGAGACCGAGUCGGUGAACACAGAGAACGUAAGUGGCGGAGGCGAGAAUCCAGGCGGCUGUGGGAGUCUCUGGUGCUGGUGGAAAAGAAGAGGCACGGCCAAGGCUGGGCCCUCUGGGUGUCGGCGGUGGGGCCAAGCCAUCUCAAAAUCCAAACUCAGCCGACGCUGGCGUCGCUGGAACCGCUUCAAUCGCAGAAGAUGUCGUGCUGCUGUGAAGUCUGUCACGUUUUACUGGCUGGUUAUUGUCCUGGUGUUUCUCAAUACCUUAACCAUUUCCUCUGAGCACUACAAUCAGCCUGACUGGUUGACGCAGAUUCAAGAUAUCGCUAACAAAGUCCUCCUGGCUCUGUUCACCUGCGAGAUGCUGGUAAAAAUGUACAGCUUGGGUCUCCAGGCCUAUUUCGUCUCUCUCUUCAAUCGGUUUGAUUGCUUCGUGGUGUGUGGUGGCAUUACCGAGACCAUCCUGGUGGAGCUGGAAAUCAUGUCUCCUCUGGGGAUCUCUGUGUUUCGGUGCGUGCGCCUCUUAAGGAUUUUCAAGGUGACCAGGCACUGGACUUCCCUGAGCAACUUAGUGGCCUCCUUGUUAAACUCCAUGAAGUCCAUCGCUUCGCUGUUGCUUCUGCUUUUUCUCUUCAUCAUCAUCUUUUCCUUGCUUGGGAUGCAGCUGUUUGGUGGCAAGUUUAAUUUUGACGAAACACAGACCAAGCGGAGCACCUUUGACAAUUUCCCUCAAGCCCUUCUGACCGUAUUCCAGAUCCUGACAGGGGAGGACUGGAACGCCGUGAUGUAUGAUGGCAUUAUGGCCUAUGGCGGCCCGUCAUCUUCGGGGAUGAUCGUCUGCAUCUACUUCAUCAUCCUCUUCAUUUGUGGUAACUAUAUCCUACUGAAUGUCUUCUUGGCCAUCGCUGUAGACAAUCUCGCUGAUGCUGAAAGUUUGAAUACUGCCCAGAAAGAGGAAGCUGAAGAGAAGGAGAGGAAAAAGAUUGCCAGAAAAGAGAGCCUGGAGAAUAAAAAGAACAACAAACCAGAAGUCAACCAGAUAGCCAACAGUGACAAUAAGGUUACAAUUGAUGACUACCGAGAAGAGGAUGAAGACAAGGACCCCUACCCACCUUGUGAUGUGCCAGUAGGGGAAGAGGAAGAGGAGGAGGAAGAGGAUGAACCUGAGGUUCCUGCUGGCCCCCGUCCUCGCAGAAUCUCAGAGUUGAACAUGAAGGAGAAAAUCGCCCCCAUCCCCGAAGGAAGUGCAUUCUUCAUUCUGAGCAAGACCAACCCGAUCCGCGUGGGCUGCCACAAGCUCAUCAACCACCACAUCUUCACCAACCUCAUCCUCGUCUUCAUCAUGCUGAGUAGUGCCGCCCUUGCCGCUGAGGACCCCAUCCGCAGCCACUCCUUCCGGAACACUAUACUGGGUUACUUUGACUAUGCUUUCACAGCCAUCUUUACUGUUGAAAUCCUGUUAAAGAUGGCGACUUUUGGAGCUUUCCUCCACAAAGGGGCUUUCUGCAGAAACUACUUCAAUCUGCUGGAUAUGCUGGUUGUUGGGGUGUCACUGGUAUCAUUUGGGAUUCAAUCCAGUGCCAUCUCCGUUGUGAAGAUUCUGAGGGUCUUAAGGGUCCUGCGGCCACUCAGGGCAAUAAACAGAGCAAAAGGACUUAAGCAUGUGGUCCAGUGUGUCUUCGUGGCCAUCCGGACCAUUGGCAACAUCAUGAUCGUCACCACCCUUCUCCAGUUCAUGUUUGCCUGCAUCGGAGUACAGUUGUUCAAGGGAAAGUUCUAUCGCUGUACAGAUGAAGCCAAAAGUAACCCCGAAGAGUGCAGGGGGCUUUUCAUCCUCUACAAGGAUGGGGAUGUUGAUAACCCUGUGGUCCGGGAGAGAAUCUGGCAAAACAGCGAUUUUAACUUUGACAACGUCCUUUCUGCUAUGAUGGCGCUGUUCACGGUCUCCACGUUCGAGGGCUGGCCUGCGUUACUGUAUAAAGCCAUCGACUCAAAUGGAGAGAAUGUCGGCCCCGUCUACAAUUACCGCGUGGAGAUCUCCAUCUUCUUCAUCAUCUACAUCAUCAUCGUGGCUUUCUUCAUGAUGAACAUCUUUGUGGGCUUCGUCAUCGUCACAUUUCAGGAGCAGGGAGAGAAAGAGUAUAAGAACUGUGAGCUGGACAAAAAUCAGCGUCAGUGUGUUGAAUACGCCUUGAAAGCACGUCCCUUGCGGAGAUACAUCCCCAAAAACCCCUACCAGUACAAGUUCUGGUACGUGGUGAACUCCUCGCCUUUCGAAUACAUGAUGUUUGUCCUCAUCAUGCUCAACACACUCUGCUUGGCCAUGCAGCACUACGAGCAGUCCAAGAUGUUCAAUGACGCCAUGGACAUUCUGAACAUGGUCUUCACUGGGGUGUUCACUGUCGAGAUGGUUUUGAAAGUCAUCGCAUUUAAACCUAAGGGGUAUUUUAGUGACGCCUGGAACACGUUUGACUCCCUCAUCGUAAUCGGCAGCAUUAUAGACGUGGCCCUCAGCGAAGCCGACCACUAUUUCACUGAUGCAUGGAACACUUUUGAUGCCUUAAUUGUUGUUGGUAGCGUCGUUGAUAUUGCUAUAACUGAAGUGAAUCCAACUGAAAGUGAAAAUGUCCCUGUCCCAACCGCCACACCCGGGAACUCUGAAGAGAGCAAUAGAAUCUCCAUCACCUUUUUCCGUCUUUUCCGAGUGAUGCGGUUGGUGAAACUUCUCAGCAGGGGGGAAGGCAUCCGGACGUUGCUGUGGACUUUUAUAAAGUCCUUUCAGGCUCUGCCCUAUGUCGCCCUCCUCAUAGCCAUGCUGUUCUUCAUCUACGCGGUUAUCGGCAUGCAGAUGUUUGGAAAGGUUGCUAUGAGAGAUAACAACCAGAUCAACAGGAACAACAAUUUCCAGACCUUUCCUCAGGCGGUGCUGCUACUCUUCAGGUGUGCCACGGGUGAAGCCUGGCAGGAGAUCAUGCUGGCCUGUCUCCCGGGGAAGCUCUGUGACCCCGAGUCAGACUAUAACCCUGGGGAGGAGUACACAUGUGGGAGCAACUUUGCCAUUGUUUAUUUCAUCAGUUUUUACAUGCUCUGCGCAUUUCUGAUCAUCAACCUGUUUGUGGCUGUCAUCAUGGACAACUUUGAUUAUCUGACUCGGGACUGGUCCAUUCUAGGGCCUCACCAUUUAGACGAAUUCAAAAGAAUAUGGUCAGAAUAUGACCCUGAGGCAAAAGGAAGGAUCAAGCACCUUGAUGUGGUCACUCUGCUCCGACGCAUCCAGCCUCCCCUGGGGUUUGGGAAAUUAUGCCCACACAGAGUAGCCUGUAAGAGACUAGUUGCCAUGAACAUGCCUCUCAACAGUGAUGGGACAGUCAUGUUUAAUGCAACCCUGUUUGCUUUGGUUCGAACGGCUCUUAAAAUCAAGACAGAAGGGAACCUGGAACAAGCUAAUGAGGAACUCCGAGCUGUGAUAAAGAAAAUCUGGAAGAAAACCAGCAUGAAACUGCUUGACCAAGUUGUCCCUCCAGCUGGUGAUGAUGAGGUAACCGUGGGGAAGUUCUAUGCCACUUUCCUGAUACAGGACUACUUUAGGAAAUUCAAGAAACGGAAAGAACAAGGACUGGUGGGAAAAUACCCUGCGAAGAACACCACCAUUGCCCUACAGGCAGGAUUAAGGACACUGCAUGACAUUGGGCCAGAAAUCCGGCGUGCUAUAUCAUGUGAUUUGCAAGAUGACGAGCCGGAGGAAACAAAACGAGAAGAAGAAGAAGAUGGAUUCAAAAGAAAUGGUGCCCUGCUUGGAAACCAUGUCAAUCAUGUUAAUAGUGAUAGGAGAGACCCCCUUCAGCAGACCAAUACCACCCACCGUCCCCUGCAUGUCCAAAGGCCUUCAGUUCCACCUGCAAGUGAUACUGAGAGACCGCUGUUUCCUCCAGCAGGAAAUUCGGGGUGUCAUAGCCAUCAUAACCAUAAUUCCGUAGGAAAGCAAGCUCCCAGCUCAACAAAUGCCAAUCUCAAUAAUGCCAAUAUGUCCAAAGCUGCCCCUGGAAAGCGGCCCAGCAUUGGGAACCUUGAGCAUAUGUCUGAAAAUGGGCAUCACUCCUCCCACAAGCAUGACCGGGAGCCUCAAAGAAGGUCCAGUAUUAAAAGAACCCGCUAUUAUGAAACUUACAUUAGAUCUGACUCGGGAGAUGAGCAGUUCCCAACCAUCUGCCGAGAGGAUCCGGAGCCCCACGGCUACUUCAGGGACGCCCGCUGCUUGGAGGAGCAGGAGUACUUCAGCGGCGAGGAGGGCUAUGAGGAUGUGGGCUCUCCGGCCGGGGGCAGGCAGAGCUACAACUACUACAACCGAUACCUGGGCAGCAGCUGGGACUUCGAGCGGCCCCGAGGCUACCAUCACCCCCAAGGCUUCUUGGAGGAUGACGACUCGCCCGUUUGCUAUGACUCCCGGAGAUCCCCAAGGAGACGCCUACUACCUCCCACCCCGACAUCGCACCGGAGAUCCUCCUUCAACUUUGAGUGCCUGCGCCGGCAGAGCAGCCAGGAGGAGGUCUCGCUGUCCCCCACCUUCCCCCACCGCACAGCCCUGCCACUGCACCUGAUGCAGCAACAGAUCAUGGCAGUUGCGGGCCUGGAUUCCAGUAAAGCCCAGAAGUACUCGCCGAGCCACUCAACCCGGUCGUGGGCCACCCCUCCAGCGACCCCUCCGUACCGAGACUGGACGCCGUGCUACGCGCCCCUGAUCCAGGUGGAGCGGCCAGAGGCCCUGGACCAGGUCAACGGCAGCCUUCCAUCCCUGCACCGAAGCUCAUGGUACACGGACGAGCCCGGCAUCUCAUACCGAACUUUCACACCAGCCAGCCUGACUGUCCCCAGCAGCUUCCGCAACAAAAACAGUGACAAGCAGAGGAGUGCAGACAGCUUGGUGGAGGCAGUCCUGAUAUCCGAAGGCUUAGGACGGUAUGCAAGGGACCCAAAAUUUGUAUCGGCAACAAAACACGAAAUCGCCGAUGCCUGUGACCUGACCAUCGAUGAGAUGGAGAGCGCAGCCAGCAACCUGCUCAAUGGGACUGUGCAUCCCCGGGCUAACGGGGGCGUGGGCCCUGUCUCACACCGGCAGGACUAUGAGCUCCAGGACUUUGGGCCGGGCUACAGCGAUGAGGAGCCUGACCUCGGAAGAGAUGAGGAGGACCUGGCAGAUGAAAUGAUAUGCAUCACCACCCUGUAGCCCCCAGGGAGGGGCAGACUGGCUCUGGCCUCAGGUGGGGCGCCGGAGGGCCAGGAAAAAAGUGCCUCAUAGUUAGGAAAGUUUAGGCACUAGUGUGGAGUCCGUAUUCAAUUAGACUUUUGUACAAGUGAUGUCAUGCCUCAAGGAAGCCAUAAACCUGGUAGGGAACAGCCGUGCACCCGUGCCCAGCCCCAGCUGUGGGAAGCAGCAGGUGCAGCCUUCCUGGGGAGGACCCGAGAGGACGAGGACGUGGGACAAGCCCGGCCCACUCGUCCAGGGCGCCCCCGGGGCACUCGCCCGCGCCCACCCACCUGCUGGCACGGUGGGGAAGGUCAAGGUGAUGACGAUCACCACACCUGUGUCAUUACCUCAGCCAUCGGUCUAGCAUAUCAGACAUUCACUGGGCCCAGCAUAUCCAUUUUUAAACCCGUCCCCCCAAAUACACUGCUUCCUGGUUUCUGUUUAGCCGUUUUGAAAUGCAGUGUGUGAGUCAGGACCUACCUACCAGCCGUCAUCUGGAGAGGGGAGCAGGACCUCAUAUAUGAGGUUUUCUGUUCUGUGACCCCAGUUUACAAGAGAGUGUCACUCAGUCGGUUUUGGACUGGCAGCUUAAGGGCAACUGUAAACUGGAAUAAUCAUGCACUCGCAACCAGGUAAACUUAGAUACGCUAGUUUGUUUAAAAAUUAUAGAUUUACUGUACAUGACUUGUAAUAUACUAUAAUUUGUAUUUGUAAAGAGAUGGUCUAUAUUUUGUAAUUAUUGUACCGUAUUUGAACUGCAGCAAUAUCCAUGGGUCCUAAUAAUUGUAGUUCCCCACUGAAACCUAGAAAUUACUAGCAUUUUUACUCGGGCUGUACAGAAGUAGAAGAAGUAGAGCCAAUUCUCAUUCAUUCAGUGAAAAUCUUUUGGGGAUGAAAUUUUAAGUUCAAAAGAACUUGACAUCAGAUUUUUUUCUAAAAUAUUUUGAGUCACUCUGAAUCUACCUUUACAACAAGAUAUACCAGAUGUUUAACAGCCUUUGCUCUGAGCAAGAGUUCUAGGAUUUGAUAGUGUACCUUUGGUCCACCAUGGGUUACAACUGUCUUUUCUCUCACUAGCCCUCCGAGAAGCUCAUUGCGUAGGUCGAGCUGGUUACUCUGACCCUGUGGCAUUCACAAUGGCACCUCAGCUACCCCCACAAGACAUUUUCGCAUCUCUGGUGUAGAAAUUAUCACACAGGUGAAUGGAGUUCCUCUGCCCUUGCUCCCUGAGGACGGACGCUGCUGCUUGUCAUAAAUCGGGGUGCUGGGGAAGGGGGUGGAGGGGCACAGCGAUGCUCUGCAGGAUGGGAACGUCGGGUCUGUCCAAGUUGUACUGUUGCCUUUUUACAAAACACUGCUGUACUGUGUGUUCUCUUUGAGGGCUUUUAUAUGCAACUGAAUGAGGGCUGAAGUUUUCAUUAGAACGUACUCACACUCCGAUUGUACUUCCUGAUGAAAACCCACUUUUGGACCAUUAGACCCACCAAGGCUUCCUUUUCUGUUCAAAGAAUCAUGCCGACUUUGUCAAUUUACCUUGGCAGGGAUUCCCUGCGGUCAAAAAAAGAUAAUUAACAGUUUUGGGUUCAAAAUUUUUAAAUAUUACCUAGGCAACCUGUUAAUGUUUUGGGGUUUUUUUUUUGUUUUUGUUUUUUGUAAAUAACAAGACUUUGUUAUGAAGACCUUACAAACCUCUUCUUAAGACAUUCUUACUCCAGAUCCAGGCAAAAACACUUCAAGGUUUGUAAAUGACUAUUUCCUGACGUAAAUUUUUUUUAAUUAAAAUGCAAAAUGUUCUUCAGAA